AUGCUCCUUCUCUUGGGAUUUCCCAGUGCCUACGGAGCACGGGUGACCCUCUGCCUGUGCUUCAUGUUCAUUUACCUGCUGGUGGUGCUGGGGAACCUGCUCAUCACAAGCCACAUCUGGCUGGAUGCCCACCAGCACUCCCCCACAGAUUUCUUCCUGGGCCACCUCUCCUUCCUGGACAUUUGCUACUCCUCCGUCACCCUCCCUAAGAUCCCUGGAGACUCCUCCUCAUUGCAGAAGACCAUCUCCUUUGUGGGCUGCAUCACACAGAUCUACUUCCUUUGCUCUGGGGGCUCCGAGUGCGUGCUCCUGGCUGCCGUGGGCUACGGUGGGUCCAACGUGAUCAACCCCUUGUUCUGUGAGAUGCCCUUCUUGCUGAAGAUGUCCUGCAGUCCUAAUGCUCCUCUCAAUGAGACCGUCUCACGUGCUUUGGCUGGGACCAUUAAGGCAGCAGGGACACAGAGGCCCUUUGCCACCUGCACCUCCCGCCUGACUGUGGGGUCCCUGUUCUUCGGUCGGAUCCAAGGAGACGGACGAGGCCCUCACCCUGCUGUGACCCCCACGCUCACCCCCAUCAUCUGCAGCUUGAGAAACAGCGAGGUCAAAGGGGCCACCAGGAGAGCCCUGCACAGG